CCUCACGAAAAACCCUAGUCCGUCGCUCCACUGCUACUGAACGUCUGACAACUCCCAUUUCAAAUACACACAGAUAAUACAUUCACUAUACAUACACCUGUUAUAUAUGCUUGUAUAGGUCAAAAAAUGGCGUCAAUGGCGAUCUUCUCUCGAUCACGAACGUUAAUGAAAAUCCUAAAUCAUCAUAAUCCUCACCAUGACUUCACCAUAUUCAAACCCAUUUCCACUUUUCCGUUUCUUUCCCAGGAAGCUCAACUCGCCGAACCACCUCCGUCGCAAACCACCACCAGUACCACCUCCACUGCGACGUCGCUGCCUCCUAACCCGGCCUCCGGCAGUCCGCUUUACAAUCAGAACUGGCGGAACCCUUACCCGCCAUCCCUCAGUGAGAAUUCCUCCUCCCUAAUGCCGGUGGGGAUUUUCAACCAACGGGCGGGUUCUCGAUCGCAGGCGCUAUCGCGGACCCUGGAUGUUCAAGGAUUGAUGGAUCUUUUCGCCGAUUGGAUGACGUCACAGCGUUGGAAUGACAUGAAGCAGUUGUUUGAGCUGUGGGUUAUGUCAUUAGAUAAUAAUGGGAAGCCUAAUAGGCCGGAUGUCAGUCUGUAUAAUCAUUAUUUGAGAGCUAAUUUGAUGCUUGGGGCUUCUGCUGCACAGUUGCUGGAACUUGUUUCUCAGAUGGAUGAUUUUAACAUAACUCCUAACACGGCUUCCUUCAAUUUGGUGUUGAAAUCAAUGGUCCAGGCUAGAGAGAUUGAUGCUGCCGAGAAACUGCUCGAAAGGAUGCUCCAGACAGGAAAAGAAUAUAAGGAAUCUCUGCCCGACGAUGAGUCAUACGACUUAGUUCUGGGCAUGCUUUUUGCAACUGGUCAGAUUGAUACUGCAAUGAAGUUUAUGGAUGUUGCCUUAGAUAAUGGUUAUAUGUUGGCAAUGAGCGUAUUCAAUGAAUGUGUUCUAAGCUGCCUUCAAAGGUGGAGAUUGGAUUCAUUGAUGUAUAUCAUUCAGAGAUGCAAGAAAAUGGAGCAGAACAAAGCCCUAUGUCCCAGUUGGGACUUGUGCAACCACAUUGCAGAUGUUGCAAUGCAAGCAAAUAAUAGUGAACUUGUGUUUUAUGCCUUGGAAUUCAUGGCAAGAUGGAUUCGUCGAGGACAGACUGAAAGGCCCCAAGUUCUGCUUUCUGUUGAUGAAGGACUGCUUGUGUCUGUACUUGCAACUGCUGGUAGAACAUAUAGCUCAAAGCUCCUGGAUGCUUCCUGGUCAUUCCUUAAGAGUUCAUUGCGCCAAAAAAAGAUUCCCAAUCCCGAAUCUUACCUUGCAAAGAUAUAUGCCUAUUCUUCAUUAGGGAACUUGCCAAAGGCUUUUGGUACUCUCCGUGAAUUGGAGGCAAGUUAUAGUAGUGCUGACAAUGAAGCUCUGGAGGAUCUAUUCUCUCCAUUUACGUCUUUGAAUCCACUGGUUCUGGCAUGCUCCAACAAGGGUUUUGCAACUUUGGAUGAAGUUUAUUAUCAGUUAGAGAAUCUGAGUCAAGCCAAUCCUCCUUACAAGUCUGUCGCUGCACUUAACUGUGUAGUUCUGGGUUGUGCCAAUAUUUGGGAUGUUGAUCGGGCAUAUCAGACUUUCAGUGCAAUUGAUGCUAGCUUUGGUUUGACCCCAGAUAUCCAUUCAUACAAUUCUCUCAUAUGCGCAUUCGGAAAACUCAAUAAGAGGGAUGAAGCUACCAAAGUAUUCGAACACUUUGUAAGUUUGGGUGUAAAAGCAAAUGCAACGACUUAUUCUCUUCUUGUUGAUGCUCAUCUUGUUAAGCGAGAUUCUAAAGCUGCUAUAUCUGUGAUACAGGACAUGGUGACUGCUGGAUAUGAACCAUCAAAAGAAAUGCUGAAAAAAAUCCGUAGGCGAUGUAUACGUGAGAUGGAUUAUGAAUCUGAUGAAAAAGUAGUGUCCUUUGCCAGACAGUUUAACAUUCGAAUGAACAAUGAGAGUCGCCGGAACAUGCUGUUUAAUCUAGAUUACAGUACUGAGUAUGCAUGAAGGCCAGUUACAUGGCAAUGGAAGAUCAUUUGCAUGGUGACCGGUGAGGAGCUAGACCUGGACAAUGAGUGAAGAAAAUCUUUCCCUAUUCAGGCAAGCCUAUGACUUCUAGAAAUCUAUUUGGGGGACCACUUUUGGCAUUUCCCGUUUUUGAAUUAAUAACGACACUGAGGAGAGUGUCUAACAGGAUUUAGGAUGUUAAAGUUCAGAUCUAUUUAUUGUAGGGCAUGCUCUCUGCUUCUUUUAGUAUUUAGUUGCGGUGCAUUGCUUCUCAGGUUUGCUUCCUCCUUGUUGGAUGGUUCAUCAGUUGCAAUUGGCAUCACCAACUCUUGUUCGCAUCCUCAGAGCGUUGGCGAUAAUUCACCGUUUGUUUGUAAAUUACUUCAUUUUUGGAUUUGGAGCCCCAAGAGGGAUUGGUGCUGAGGAUAAUGUCAAGUCUUUUGUAGCUCAAGUUUUGUGCUUUUUUUUAGUAACUCUUCAUGGAGGAGAAGUUAGAGAAGUUCCAAUAUUUUUGAGACAUUAAGAUGUCCACAAAUAACUGAAGUCCAUGGAUGGUCAAAUUAUUUGAUGUUAGAUGUAUAUUUUCCCCUAUCUUCCUUCCUGUUUAUUUUCCUACACGUCAAUUGACUGUCAAAUGUUGAAUUUUA